UCUAUGAUAAUCGUUAUUUUCGAUUUGAAAGCAAGUUCAGUUUCAUAUUUCAUUCUUCUAUAGAUUAUUUAAUACGUAACAAAGAGUAUAUAAGAUACGUAAAGAAAGAAGAAGGAAAAAACUUUCCAAGGGAUAUAUUUUGAGCUCAGUAUAUAUUUAUAUAGUAUAUGUUUGAAACUCAAGUAAACGAAAGUUAAAUAUUAUAGCGUUUAAACAAUUUGUGCCACAUCUCUAGCAAAAACUAUUCAGUGUUUGUUGUGACAAUGGAAGAAGAUGACUAUUGUGAAAUUACUUCACAAUUAGAUGCGAGGGAAAUACUAAGGUAUCUUAAUAACUUAGGAAUACGUAAUAUUAAUGGAGAGGUACUAAAAUAUUUCAUAACUGAUCUCAAGAAACUCAUAAAAUACGAUCUUCAACAUAGAAACGAAGGUGAAAGCCUCAGUACUAGAACACAGAAGUCGGAAAGUGUUGGUUGUGAGAGGUUACACAGUGCUAGUACAUUUUCAUCUAGAAAUAGAUCUAAAGGUACAGUUAUAAACCAAACUUGUAAUAGAGGGUGUCAAAGUAAGAGAAAAGUAAUAAAUUUACAAAGUAUUCAUUCUGCACCUAUUAUUGGUCACCAAAAAGAAGAAAUAAAAACUUCGAAAAGAGCCUGUUCUUGUGUUAGACUUGAGAAACCUGAAAAGAAGCCUGAAACAUCUAAAGAAACACCUAGAACAACUUUUAGCAAUAAUUUAAUCAAGGUUCCCAAACAACCAAUCAAAAGGAAAAGCGAUCCUGUAUCAUUAUAUCAUUAUUACGCAUCACUAUGGGAAAAAUACAAGCCAAAUGUACCCGGGGAAAAUAACUGGUCUGACCUAAGAUGGAAUAUUCGUCAGAAAAUGGUUGGGAAUGUUGUAUCACAGACUUCAAGCAGAGAACAAUUAAGAAAAGAAAAGGACAUGUCUUCAAAGAAGAAAACAGUGAAUUAAUAUACAUAUGAAGU